GAUCUUCAUCCCCAGGAAACACCGGCAGCGCUUUGAUGAGGUGGUGUCCCAGAGUCUCAUCAGCAAGCUGUGCCGAGCCAAGAGAGAGCAGCCGACCAACCGUCUGAGACGCAGCCGUAGCGAGGACCACCAUGAACGCCUGCUGGUCUCCACCCGGGCCAGCUCAGUGCCCCGGUGCCAGGAAGAGAAUUGCCAGAGCUUGAGGAAGUCCACCGCUCUGAUUGGCAACAAUGUGGGGACGGGGGCAGCUUGCAGAACUGUCCGUGUCUACAAGGGCAGUAGAAGCUUCGGGUUUACGUUACGUGGCCAUGCUCCUGUGUGGAUCGAGUCCAUCUUGCCUGGGAGUCCAGCUGAAAAAGCAUCCCUGAAAGCUGGCGACAGAAUCCUGUUCCUGAAUGGCCUGGAUAUGAGGAACUGUUCCCAUGAGAAGGUGGUCUCCAUGCUCCAAGGCAGCGGGGCAAUGCCCACCCUCGUGGUUGAAGAAGGCAUUGUUAGCUUUUCCAGUGAUGGUGAAUCUUCUGAAGCACCCAGCUCCUCCUCAGCCCUCACCUCCUUGCAGUGGGUCGCUGAGAUCCUGCCCUCCAGCAUCAAGAUCCAGGGAAGGACCUUCCACCAGCAGCUGGAACAUCUCCUCAUACCAGCAGAGCGCUACACAGUAUGCAAAGCCCUGGAGAGCUUCUUCCAGCACAGGAACAUCGACACCCUGAUUGUGGACGUCUACCCUGUGCUGGACACGCCCUCCAAGCAGGUGAUCUGGCAGUUCAUCUACCAGUUGCUAACCUACGAGGAGCAGGCCCAUUGCCAGCAGAAGAUCGCCAGGUUCCUUGGCUACAAGUCCUUGGCAAGUGGGACAUCCGAUGCUGCUGUAGCCGAAGCCGAAGUGGACGAACAGCCUCAGAGUUCCCUACGGACCGGCCCAGGGCGUCGGAAGAGUCUGCGUGGCCAUAGCCCCAAGGACAGUGAAGCCCGGGGUUGCAGUGAAGCCGCUGAGGUGCCCAGCCGUCUGGCUCCUGGAGAGCGCCAAGCAGGAGAUGGAACGUCUCUUCCAGAGACCCCCAACCCCCAAAUGAUGUCGGCAGUCUAUGCCGAACUGGAAAGCCGCCUGACUGGUGGCUUCGGAGGAAAGCUGGGCCGCCUGCCCGUGUGCCGGACAUCCUCCCUGGCUUCAGAGCCUGCAGGUCCCCGAAAAUCAGGACUGACUAUUUCCUGGCAGAAUGAUCCCACCCUGCAGCCUUGCUAUUACCACUCGCCUGGUGGCCUCCCUUCCCCCUGCAGCACAGACUCGAACCCUUACGUCAGCCUGGACAGCAGCCCGGCCUUGUCGCCCAAGCUGAGCCCCCUGUCUCGCCGGAGGAAGCUCUUCACCUUCUCGCGGCCGCCACGCAGCCGGGACACGGACCGCUUCCUGGAUGCGCUGAGCGAGCAGCUGGGCCACCGCAUCACCCUGGUGGACGACUUCCUGGCGUCUGAGAACGAUUACGAGGAGGUGGGAGUUUCUCUUCCAGAGCCCAGCCCCUUGCCGGAGCCCCUUAAAAAAAAGCACCUGGUUGAGAUUCUGUCCCACAAAAAGGCCUACAACACAGCCAUCUUGAUUGCGCACCUUAAGCUCUCCCACAUCAAGCUGCGCCAGAUCCUCCUGAGCAUGGAGAGCGACCGCCUGGAGGCCUCUCACCUCAAGCAGCUGCUGCUCUUCGCGCCUGAUGCCCAGGAGGUGCAGCGCUUCCACAGCUACCAGGGCGACCCCAGCAAGCUGAGCGAGCCGGACCAGUUUGUCCUGCAG